AUGGCGGAAGGCGUCCCGGCAGGCGUCGUGGACAAAAGAAGCGUACUGGUCGUCCUUCUCAGCUGCUCUCAUUAUCUCCGGCUGAGCCGCCAGAGGAAAACUCCGCAACCCGCCGUCGCCGCCGCCGCCGCCGGCGGGGCCGAUAUCCAAGUCGCUGUUCCUUGUGGCGUCACCGGCAGCUUCUCUAUGCCCCAUCUCAACCUAUCUCGAAUGGAGGAACAACCUCUCUCUCUCUCUCUCUCUCUCUCUCUCUCUCUCUCUCUUCCUCGCAAUAAAUUGGGGGCAAAUUCUGUUAGGGAUCCUACAAGCUUUUAUAUCCUCGCGCAAGUCAGGGAUAAGGCUCAUCAAAAAACGGUCACGCAAGUAUUCGCAUAUGCAAAUCUGGUGCAGUUUAAGCGCUUGGCAACACAUGUUCGACGGGGGCAUGGGAAGCUGGGGGUUGGGGUGCAUGCAAUAGAAGAGCUGGGUUUGACCGUUGCAGGUCACGGUCUUGGCUGCCGCCUCGUGGGCCAGAGCCGCCACGACUAG